AUGGCGUCUACGCAGCUUCCCCUGGAGACCCUCUCCACCUGGGCCAUGUUCAAUGACGUAGACCUCGUCGACGUCGAGGCCCGCGAAAUCCCCGGCUGCGGGUUGGGUCUACUUUCAAACAAGGAGCUCAGUCGAGAGGAAGAGACCUUUGACAUCCCAACCUUACUCAUGAUCCCAGGCGAGCUGGUGUUAUCCGCCGAAGCUGUUGAGAACUAUGCAAAGGUCGAUAAGAACUUUCGGCAGCUGCUCGAGGCUGCCGGUCACAAGAAGGUACUUUCUGAUAGGCCCAAAACGUCUUUGAAGGGCGGAGUCUCGACGCCAUGGACAGAAUACGUCAAGUACCUGCCGCCGCAAGUUCCUGUUACCACCCUCUGGACUGAGCAGGAACGCGAGAUGUUGAAUGGAACAUCACUUGAGGCAAGCACUUCUCCAGCCUCCCUUCUCCACUGCCUACGGCCUUCCCUGAAAAGCAAAUACCGGCUGUCGUUGGUUACGCAGUCGGCCACGGCCGCCAAGAUUGUUGCGUUGACAGACGAGUUUGACGAGCUCCGAGAGAUUUCUGCGACUCUACCAUUUUGGAACGAGCUGUUUUGGGAAAGCGACAAGGUGUCGCUCAUUGACUGGGUUCGGGUCGAUGCGUGGUUUCGGUCCCGAUGUCUGGAGCUCCCCAAAUCAGGGGAGGCCAUGGUCCCGGUGCUAGACUUGGCAAAUCACUCAUCCAAGGCCAAUGCCUACUACGAGGAGAAUGGUAAGGACGAGGUAGUACUCCUUCUGCGACCCGGCUGCAGGGUCUCGUCUGGGGACGAGAUGACGAUAUCCUACGGGGACGCGAAAUCCGGGGCAGAGAUGCUCUUCAGCUACGGGUUCAUUGACCCCGCGUCAGCCGCCGACCGGAUCACGCUGCCCUUGAUACCCAUGGAAGACGACCCGCUGGGCAAGGCGAAGCUGCACGUCUUUGAUGGAGCACCGACUGUGGAGUUUGUCCGGGCGAAUGGCUCACUCAGCUGGAAGAGCCCCUUUGCCUACUUCAUGUGCCUCAACGAGGAGGACGGCCUGUCAUUUCGCGUCUUGCAGGACACCGGAGGUUCACGGGAGCUAAAACUAUUCUGGCAAGAAGAGGAUGUGACCUCGACGACAACGGCUUUCGAGCAACACAUCGAUCAACACCCCCUGGCUCAAAUCUUUCGUCUUCGGGUUGUUUCCGUUUUGGAGGAUCUGGUGGCCAGCCAGCUUGAGCGACUGGCCACCGGUGUAUCUCUGGAGGACCUGGACGAGUCCCUGAAUGAAGGUGGUCUCGUCUGCGGGACAUGCAUCAGUGUAGCUGCAACGCUGAGGGAGCAAGAGACGAGCUUGCUAGAAGCUGCCGCGAAGGCUCUAGAAGACCAGAAAACACAACUCCUCGCAGACGAGAACGUGGUGGCUUAUCUCGGGUUGAUGGAAGAUGCCCAAAAUGACCUAGUUCAAGACGAGUUAUCCAAUGAAGAUGAAGACUUCAGUUAG